AUGACCACCGAAAAUGGUGAAAUUCGCCGUCCAACAAUUGCAGACCGAGAGGAUGAAUAUCGCUCGCGCCGUCGAUUACUAAUGAUUUCUCCAGCAAGAGUUGACCCUUUUGCCGAUGGCGAUCAAACACCGGACCAUCGUCUGUCAACGUACAAAGACAUUAUGCUUAACCAGCAGCUCAGUAAAGAGCAACGGGCGUUGCAAGCAGAAAUAGCUGAAAGAGGCAAAAGCGGAACAUUAAGGAUGGACUCAGAUGUACCUACUAAAAGACGUAGAUGGGAUCAACCUACUACGGAUGUCAACGGUACCAAGAAUGACGCACCAACCCCUGCUGCCACCCCAGUGACACCUUCGAAGCGAUGGGGCGACGAUGCACUCACUCCUUCACGCCCACCUGCUACACCUGGAGGAGCCUCGACACCAGGAAGUCGGUCGCAGUGGGAUGAUACUCCUGGUAGAGCAAAAGAUCCCGGCGCAACUCCUGGACAAAGCGUUCGACAGUGGUCGGAAACUCCACAUUUUGCAGCAACUCCAGGUCGUGAAACUGCUGCAUCGGCUUUUGGUGGGACACCUAGCGCCAGACGCAAUCGGUGGGAUGAGACUCCUCAUACUGAGAGAUACGGUGCUGAUACUCCCGGUCACGGUUCCACCCCGUCAAGUAUUGCUGCAGCGGCUGCGAUCUCAGUUAAGCGUAGAUCGAGAUGGGAUGAAACACCGUUAAAAGCGGGAUCAACUCCUGGUGGACUAACACCAUCCCAAACUCCAGGUGGCUUCACACCUUCAAGUGCUUUGGGGGGAGUAACACCAGGUGGCACUCCUGGUGGUUUUAAUGCAGCCAGCGCUUUUACUCCUUCUGGAACCACACCAACAGGUCUACGCGCUAUGGCAAUGGCGACACCAAACUUCGGAUCGGCUGCUAUAACAAUACCAGGGGCGGGAAUCCCAAUGACCCCCGAACAGUUACAAGUGUACGCUUGGCAGAAGGAAAUCGAUGAUCGAAACAGGCCACUAACUGAUGAAGAUUUGGAUGAAUUACUACCACCAGGCUACAAAAUUAUGCCACCGCCUGCCGGUUAUGUCCCAAUCAGGACACCUGCUCACCGGUUAGUAGCAACGCCUACUCCGAUGAUCGGUGGUACUCCAAUGGGCUUUAGAAUCGGCACACCUGAUAUUGGAACGACAGCUGGAUUUGGUAUGAACGCCACUGGAGGCAAUGCUGCAGCUCUCGGUGAUAUGCAACCGAAAGGAACAAACCUGCCAAUGAUGAGACCAGAUGAUCUUCAAUAUUUUGAUAAGCUAUUACAAGAUGUUGAUGAAGAUGCCCUCCCACUUGAAGAAGCACGUGAACGCAAAAUAAUGACAUUUUUGCUCAAAAUUAAAAACGGUACUCCCCAAUGCCAAAUAUUACCACUUCUGAUGUCCCCAACUUUGGAGGAUCAGGAGCGACAUUUGUUGGUCAAGGUCAUUGAUCGCAUCUUAUAUAAAUUGGAUGAUCUCGUCCGUCCGUAUGUGCACAAAAUUUUGGUGGUUAUUGAACCUCUUCUCAUUGACGAAGAUUAUUAUGCUCGUGUUGAGGGCAGAGAAAUAAUUUCAAAUCUAGCUAAAGCUGCUGGUCUGGCCACUAUGAUCUCUACUAUGCGUCCUGAUAUUGAUAACAUGGAUGAAUACGUGCGUAAUACAACUGCAAGAGCUUUCGCUGUAGUCGCCUCCGCCUUGGGUAUACCAAGUUUAUUACCCUUUUUGAAGGCUGUCUGCAAAUCAAAAAAGUCUUGGCAGGCCAGACAUACUGGAAUAAAAAUUGUUCAGCAAAUAUCAAUUCUUAUGGGGUGUGCGAUAUUGCCUCAUCUACGAUCUUUGGUUGAAAUUAUCGAGCAUGGUUUGGUUGAUGAACAACAAAAAGUCAGAACUAUUACAGCAUUGGCUUUGGCUGCUCUUGCCGAAGCAGCUACUCCUUAUGGCAUAGAAUCCUUUGACUCAGUUUUGGAACCCUUAUGGCGUGGCAUAAGAACUCAUCGAGGUAAAGGUUUAGCUGCAUUCUUAAAAGCUAUUGGCUAUCUUAUCCCUCUUAUGGAUGCGGAAUAUGCUAACUAUUAUACUCGUGAGGUUAUGUUGAUCUUAAUCCGUGAAUUCCAGUCACCUGAUGAAGAAAUGAAGAAAAUUGUCCUUAAAGUUGUCAAACAAUGUUGUGCUACAGAUGGUGUGGAACCUGAUUAUAUCAAGUCAGAAAUCUUACCACCGUUUUUCCGCAGCUUUUGGACGCAGCGUAUGGCUCUUGAUCGUCGUAACUACCGACAGUUGGUCGAUACAACCGUGGAGAUCGCAAACAAGGUUGGUGCUGCUGACAUAAUUUCCAGAAUUGUGGACGAUCUAAAAGAUGAAUCCGAACCCUAUCGUAAAAUGGUGAUGGAGACCAUAGAAAAAGUGAUGUCAGCAUUAGGAAGUACAGAAGUUGAUGCUCGACUUGAAGAACAGUUAAUCGAUGGGAUACUUUAUGCUUUUCAGGAACAAAGUACAGAAGAUGCCGUUAUGUUGACUGGCUUCGGUACCAUUGUACAGUCUCUUGGAAAGCGUGUUAAACCGUACCUACCUCAGAUAUGUGGUACAAUCUUAUGGCGUCUCAAUAACAAAUCGGCUAAAGUUCGUCAACAGGCAGCGGAUCUCAUAAGCCGCAUUGCUGGUGUAAUGAAAGUUUGUCAAGAAGAAAAACUAAUGGGACAUUUGGGUGUUGUUUUGUACGAGUAUCUUGGCGAAGAAUAUCCGGAAGUGCUUGGUAGUAUUUUAGGUGCACUAAAGGCCAUUGUUAACGUUAUUGGCAUGACCAAAAUGACUCCUCCAAUAAAAGAAUUACUUCCUAGGUUAACACCAAUAUUGAAAAACAGACAUGAAAAGGUGGAAGAGAACUGUAUUGAUCUUGUUGGACGAAUAGCAGAUCGUGGUUCAGAGUAUGUCUCUUCCAGAGAGUGGAUGCGUAUAUGUUUCGAGCUUCUGGAAUUGCUAAAAGCACACAAAAAAUCAAUUCGACGAGCAACGGUGAAUACCUUCGGUUACAUUGCCAAGGCGAUCGGUCCACAUGAUGUAUUGGCAACACUGUUGAAUAACCUAAAGGUACAAGAACGUCAAAAUCGUGUCUGUACUACUGUCGCCAUUGCUAUUGUUGCGGAAACGUGUAGCCCAUUUACUGUUUUACCCGGUCUUAUGAACGAAUAUAGAGUCCCAGAACUAAACGUUCAAAAUGGUGUCCUGAAGUCCUUGGCUUUUAUGUUCGAAUAUAUUGGGGAAAUGAGCAAAGACUAUAUAUACGCUGUAACACCUCUAUUAGAAGAUGCCCUAAUGGACCGGGAUCUUGUGCAUAGACAAACUGCAAUGACCGCUGUUGCUCAUAUGGCCUUGGGUGUAUAUGGCUUUGGCUGUGAGGAUGCUCUUCUGCAUCUAUUAAAUAUUGUUUGGCCAAAUGUUUUGGAAACAUCUCCACAUGUUAUACAGGCUUUCAUGUUUUGCAUUGAAGGACUUCGUGUCGCACUUGGCCCUAAUAAAAUACUCCAGUAUUGUCUUCAAGGCUUGUUCCAUCCUGCUCGGAAGGUUAGAGAUAUGAUGUGGAAAGUGUAUAAUACAAUUUAUAUUGGUAAUCAAGAUGGUUUAGUAUAUGGCUUCCCACGUAUUGCUGAUGAACAAAAUCAUACAUAUAUCCGACAUGAAUUAUCUUAUAUUUUGUGA